UCCUAGAGAAGUGUUCAGAGUUGACUGUUCUUGUCCCUUUGACUCCUGGAUAUUUUUAAGAAUGUCUCAGGAUCUCUUAGUUUUUCCAGCUGAAGCCCAGCAGCUGUCAGAGAGUAAAGAUGAGGUUUACCUUGAGCAGCAGGAGAGGAGCUCCAGUCUGAACAAAAAGAUUAGCACGCCUCUGCACAUUAAAGUGGAACCAGAGGAACUGUGGAGCAGUCAAGAAGGAGAGCAGCUUCAAGAGACAGAAGAGGAUGAUAUCAUCAAGUUCACUUUCAUUCCUGGCCAUGUGAAGAAUGAAGAAGAUGAGGAGAAACAUCAGUCCUCACAGCUUCAUCGAAAACCGAAUGAGCAGGUUGAAACAGAAGCUGAUGAAGAGGAGUGUGAUGGAGCAGAGGCAGCCAGGAACUUUGAUCCAGAAAGAGAUUUACAUCAAGAGGCUGAGGUCAAGACUGAAGAAUCAUCUGAUCCUGAGACUGAUGACAGCACUGAUUGGGGAGAGAAUUCUGAACACCAGUCAGGUUUAAAGUUGGUCAAAAAUAUCACUAAAGAAAGAGCAGAAACUGAAAGGAAAACUCAAAACUGUUCUGAGUGCAAUAAAAGUUUUAAAUCCAAACAUUACCUUAAACUUCAUAUGAGAAUUCACACUGGAGAGAAACCCUUCAGCUGCCCUGAGUGUGGCAAGAGAUUUACACAGAAAGGGAGAGUGACUUCACACAUGAGAAUUCACAAAGGAGUAAAACCUUUUGGCUGCUCUGAGUGUGGCAAAAGAUUUAACUAUAAAAUGAAUUUGACCAGACACAUGAGAGGUCAUGCCAUAGAAAACCCCUUCAGCUGCCCUGUGUGUGGUAAGAGAUUUAAUCGAAAUGAAAGCAUGGCUGUACACAUGAGAAUUCACACAGGCGAGAAACCUUUUGGCUGCCCUGAGUGUGGCAAAAGAUUUAAUCGUAAAUUAAUGUUGACCAGACACAUGGUAGUUCAUACCAGAGAGAAACCCUUCAGCUGCUCUGAGUGUGGAAAGACAUUUACACAACAAGGAAAUGUGAUGGAACACAUGAAAAUUCACAAUGGAGUAAAAUCUUUUGGCUGCUCUGAGUGUGGUCAGAAAUUUACACACAAAGGAAGUAUGACCAGACACAUGAGAAUUCACAAAGGAGAGAAACUGUUUGGCUGCACUGAAUGUGGUCAGGCAUUUACCUACAAAGGAAGUAUGACUAGACACUUGAGAAUUCACACUGGAGAGAAACUCUUUGGCUGCUCUGAAUGUGGUAAGAAAUUUACACACAAAGGAAGUAUGACAAGACACUUGAGAAGUCACUCAGGAGAGAAACCCUUUAGCUGUUCUGUUUGUGGUACUAAACACUACCUGAUGGUCACUCCGCCCACUGACAGUCACUGA